AUGUCCCGCAACACAAGCAGUUUUUCAAGCAGCAGCGAAUGCCCUAUCCCUUAUCAUCAGCGCUCUGUCAGUCCGAAUCGCCGCAACUCCCUCUCCCCGACAAGAAAACAGCGAAAACAAUACACGAUUACAAAGAAGCGCGAGGUUUGGACCCCGGAGGAGCACGCGCUUUUUGUUGAGGGAUUAAACUUAUACCACCGCGACUGGAAGCGGAUAGAACAACACAUCAAAACAAAAACAGUGGUCCAAAUUCGGUCGCACGCGCAAAAGUAUUUUCUGAAGCUUCAGAAAACACAAAAUGGCCUCCCACAACGGUCGUUGUCUCCAUGCGACAAUGCUCUGCCGUCGGAUGUAACGACCACUACGAAGAAGCGGCGCAAUUCGAUUAGCGCAUUCACCCCUGCUUCUUCGCUACAGUAUUCUAUCAUCACUUUCUCAAAUUCAGAAACAAAUUCCCCACGAAUGUCUAUGUCACCGUUCUCGGAGCAAAUGAGUAACGAGGAGCACCACCAGACGUUCCACCCAAUAUACAUGAAAUAG